UUCUCCAACACCAAGCCAGUGACCGUUACUCACUGAAAUACCCGAAGAUGCAACGCACUCUAAUUCUUCUCUUGGUGUGUCUGGCCGCCGUCGUGGACCACGGCUCGGCUCACUAUUAUCACAACAACUAUUACUGGAAAUACCACUGUGACCCGUGUAGUAAAGUGAGAUGCACCAGCAGGAAUCAGAAAUGUGUCGUCAUGCCGGACCCUGCCUGUACAACCGCGCCAUGUCCCGUCAUAGCAAGAUGCAUCAUGGACCCCAUGUUUGACCCGUGCAGUAUCGGAAAGCCCAUGACGGACGCGGCAGGCACGCCCUUGACCUGUGUGACCUCAGCGAAUUGUCCCCAAGAUGGCGCGUGUAUCACCACAAAUAUAGCGGGCACCAACGUCAACAGGUGUUGCUUUGAUCCUACCAAAUGUCCAGUGAAGGCUGGACGUUGUCCGUUCUCUCGGGACACGACAACGUGCACUAACACGUGUAACGACGACGGUGACUGCGCGACGACGAUGAAAUGUUGCAACACAGCGUGCAACGGUAAGAAGUGCGUCGCUCCAGUGUCCGGCUGGUGGUGGAGAGGUCGCUGACGUCACACGCCAAGUCACACGAGAAAGAUCUCUCAACCGAGUUUAUCGUCUUUUAUCUAACAUUAUAAAAUAAACAAUCAAAUCAUUUGGCAAUAAUAAAUGUUGAAUAAAAUAA